AUGGGCUCAGCUUCUUGCGAGCAUGUGGCGGCUUUCAAGAGUUUAUAUCGUCUCCAACCGCUUCAUAUACUCCAUAGGAAGCUGAUCUGUCCGCACUCAGAGUUCUUCUCUCGGGAGGCGAUUUCCCUGCUCAAAUGUAUGUUUUGUCGUUCUCGCCGCGUGCGAAGUCGUCUGCACGCUUGUCUCCACUGCGUUUUCAUCGGCUGCUUCGACAAAAAGCACCUUCACAAGCACCAGAAAACCACCGGCCACAACCUCUCUAUCGACCUCACAUUUGGGAACACGCACUGUGCUUCUUGCCGCAACUACAUUUACGACGAUGACUUCGAAAAAGUCCGCUUAGCCUGUAAAAAUGGUCACAAUCAUCAGAGUCUGCCUGUCUGGGAGCCAGAUAAAGUAGAUUUGAAUUUCCUAGCUCAGCACAGAAUGAGACUAACUGUAGAUGGCAAGUCCACCCUUGGUCUUCGCGGUUUGGUCAAUCAAGGCAAUACCUGCUUCAUGAACGUGGUUAUUCAAGCGCUCACGCAUUCUCCAGUUCUCCGCGACUACUUUCUGAUGGAAAAGCAUCCUAAAUGCCCGCCCAAUGAGAUUUCUUCUUGUAUAGUUUGCGAAUUCUCAAAGAUAUUCCAGGAGUUCUUUUCGAAUGAAAAUUCGAAUCCGAUGACACCUUAUCGCUUGCUGUUGCUUGUAUGGCGGAAUUCGGAGUAUUUAGCUGGUUACGAACAACAAGACGCGCACGAAUUUCUCAUCGCCGUUUUGGACAUGAUUCACGAGCGUCUCCAGCCAAAGAUCGAGAGUGGAAGCAUAGACCUGACAGUGCAAGCGGAUCGUUCUAUAAUCGACCAGGUCUUCACUGGCUUUAUGCAAUCCAACGUCGUCUGCAAUCAAUGUGGCAAUAUUUCGCAAACGAUAGAUCCUCUGCGUGACAUCUCGCUGGAUAUUCCUCAAGUGGCUCCCGGAGGAGUCGCAUCGCUAAUGGACUGCCUGUCUAAAUUUACAAAGAAAGAACAGCUCGGAAAUGCGUCGAAGAUAAACUGCAAAAAGUGCGGAAAGCGACAGGAAAGCUCCAAACAACUGACUAUCUCCAGAUUGCCGGUGGUAGCUUGCCUUCACUUGAAACGCUUCGAACAAACGGCAACCGGUUCCAGAUCAAAAGUGGCGACACCAGUUUCAUUCCCUAAAACAUUAGACAUGGGUCCCUUCAUGUCGAGCGCGCGCAACACAUCACUGUCCCCCGAGUUCUGCGACUCGGACCAUUACAAAUAUGAGCUCUUCGCAGUGGUCAACCACAUGGGCAACCUACAAUCCGGCCAUUACACAUCCUUCAUUCGCCAGACCAGCUCGUGGUUCCGCUGCGAUGACUCCUUGAUAACAAAAGCUUCAAUCGAACAAGUCCUGAAUUCAGAAGCGUAUCUACUCUUCUACCAUAAAAAAUCAAUUCGAUUUUGA